GAAAAAUGUUUUAUCUUUGGCCACGUAGUGUAUUUAUUUUUGAGUUAUAUGUGUACUAAUAUAACAGUGCAGUUUAUCGUGGGCGUUACUUUUUUUAAAAAAUGUUUUGAGUGACGAAGCGACAGUAUGAUGUUCAUACCCAACGUCCGCCAGAAGAAACUUUAACUUGUUUAACGCAGUUAACCGUCACAUGGGUGGCAGCUAGUGUGUUUUGUUACAAAAUGUGUUGAGCUGUGAGUGAGAGUGUGUGAGUGUGUGAGCAUUGGGGACAGACAGAUUUUUUUUAGGUUUCUUUCAUUUCUCUCUUUGACUUAAGUUUUGCGUCAACAAUAUUACUAGAAAUGGACAGUACGGAAUAUGAAUUAGUGAGGAAUAUGACAUUGCUGUUUUUCUUUGAACGACUGAUGGACAAGGGUGGCCCGCGUACGUUGCACGACCUAAGCUGUCAGUUUGGUGCAAAAGGAUUCACCAAGGAAAUGAGGCAAAUUGCAGGAGGCUCACAGUCUGGAUUAAAAAAGUUUCUCUCCCAGUAUCCAGCGCUUUUUUGUUUUGAUGGUGACUAUGUUUACGUAAAUGGCUACAGCCCCCUCAGUGUGGAACAAGAAAGUGGAAACAAUGCAGUGAAAUACAGUAGUGGGAAACGAGAUUAUGCUCAAGAAGCUGUCGAAUAUUUUAGCCACAAGUUAAUGCAAUAUGGUGCCGGUAUUGAUGUACCCAUUAAAAGUUUGUUGGGUCACCGUUCCCAAGCUUCACCGGAGGUGAGACACAUCUCAGGCCAAAACAUAAGAGAGUUUAAAGAAUUUUUGUUAAAAUAUCCAGAUGCUUUUGUAGUUAAGGAAGAUACGGUUAUAUUGAAAGAAUAUGAGGGAAAGGAACCACAGCCUUUCCGUGAAUUUGAACUGAUGAAAGUGGAUCAAGAAGUAACAUCUGGCUUGCUUGAAUUUUUCACGAAGUGCAUAGACUCCAGAGGUCCAAUGUUGGUGGAUCAACUUUUUAGUAAAGCAACUGUAAGAUUUCCUCCUGAACAUCUUUCAUAUAUUUUCAAAACGCCACAAGACCUUCAGACCUUCUUAAAAAUGCAUUCUGAUGUGUUUAAUGUGCAGUCUAAUCUUGUAACAUUAGUGUUGCCUAAGAACUGUGUUAGUCAAAGUGAUUCACUUCAAACAAGUCCAACACACCAACAACAGAUCAGAAGCAAUAGUGCAGUCAACAAUGGUCAGUGUGCCAAACCUCUUACUCAAGCGAACAAUUCAGCAGUUUGUCAGUCUGGUAGUCAGCCUCUACAAAAUCCUCAAUAUCAGUCCCUAAAGCAGCGUAUUAAUUCUUUAGUGAUGAAGACAUUAGCAGAUAAUACAGAGAAGGAUCGCUCUUAUGCAGCAACUUCUUUAGUGAAUGACAGUGGAAGUGCUGAAGUCUGGAAGGCAAAAAUAAUGCAGGCAACUAGAGUCGUCGUGAAUGUGAAAGAAUCUCUUCAGAUUGUUGAAGAUAUUUUGUCGGCUGCAAAAUCGGGAAAACCUGUUGCAGUGUCAUUUGACUGUGAGGGAAUAAAUUUAGGUGUUAAAGGGCAGCUGACAUUAUUUCAAAUUGGAACAUUAUCAGGCCAAGCAUAUUUGUUUGAUUUAAUUACUUGCCCCUCUUUGGUGUCAAAUGGUGGGCUGCAGAGACUGUUGGAAUCUGAGAUUGUUACUAAGGUUGUUCACGAUUGCCGAAACGACAGUGUCAAUCUUUUCAACCAGUUUAGUAUCACUUUGAAAAAUGUUUUUGACACACAGGCCGCACAUGCAGUGUUGCAGCUCCAAGAAUUGGGCAAGCCAGUUUACAAGGUGCAGAAUGUUAGUCUGAAUGCUCUAUGCGAGAAGUACGAUGCUCCAUCCAACCCUCUGAAGGAGCAGCUGAAGAAUGUAUACCGGCGAGAUCAGCGCUACUGGGCACGGAGGCCACUCUCACGUGAUAUGUUGCUGUAUGCUGCUGCAGAUGUGCUCUCUCUUGUGCCUACGAUCUACCAGGCAAUGUCCAAGCUAAUUAAACCAGAAUUUCAAAGCUUAUUGACAGAACUUUGUGAGGAGCAGGUGUUUCUGCAUAUCUGUCCAUCCGACGUUAAGCACCGUAAGAAGCAAAGGAAAGUUGAAACCGAAGUUGCUGAACUGAGGCUGAAGUUAUCAACACUUCAGAGUAAAAAUAUAGUUCUUAGCAACCGAGAAAUUAGGUUGUUGAGGUAUCUAGAUCUCUCAGACGAGGAGAAAGAAAAACUGAAAGGUUCUUACAAAGUAGCCCGUAAAUUGGAGAAGCUGGAAAGUGCUGGUCAAGAUAAGGAUAUUAAGAGUGACGAGGAAGAUGACGACGACGACGAUGAAAAUGGUGAGGAUGGCUGUGCCAGUGGUAAAACUUCUCCAUCAUCAGCAGACAUCACUUCACCAAGAACACCAAAUUCUGGACCCCCGAGCUUAACAGAAUCGAUGCAGCUGAUGGAUGAAAUUCUAUCAGAUGGGCGCAUGGACAGGCUGGAGAAAAUUGAGAAAUUGGAGUCUAUUUUGUCCGCUGCUACCUCUGCUGCAGUUGUGUCAAGGAGCCAGCAGACUUCAGCAAACUCAAACACUCAGACCAGUAGCAGUGAUGAACAAGGACCUUGCAAUUGUCAGUGCCAUGCCCAGAAACUUUUAAAUAAGAAACCCAUAAAAGAAAUUGACUGUAUCAAAAGUACUGAUGUGGCAUGCCAGACACUUUCAACUGGUGAUAUUGUCAUAACUCGGAUAUUCUUUACAGAGGAAGAGAAGGAACGAGAAAGAACUAUUACAUCAUCUCCCAAAAGGGAGAUAUCUCACAAUUAAGUAUUAUAUCUGUUCUAGCUUUUUCAUCCAUUUGUCUGCUAAUGUAAUUAUUACAGAGGCUGGCACAGACUGAGAAGUAUUUCAGAAUCAAAACUGUGUUUUGGUCUCGUGGGCUUGCUGGUAAUUAGUUAGCAGUGAAUAUGAGUAUGUGUAUGUGUUCAAAAACCUGUAAAUAUGCAAACAUAUGUACAGGUGUUCAAAUUUGCUGUACGUAUCUGUUUGCAAGUCUUAUAUUGUGUAUUCCACAAGCCACUCAUUGCAUUCAAGGUCAUCCUUUGUGAAAUAAAUUCCUAAACUCACCAUACCAACCCAUAUCUGUUCUCUCUCUCUCUCUCUCUCUCUCUCUCUCUCUCUCUCUCUCUCUCUCUCUCUCUCUCUCUCUCUCUCUCUCUCUCUCAGUGUCUGUCUGUCUGUCUGUCUGUCUGUCGUUGGUUGGUUCGUUAGGCUUAUGGUAUCCCUUCAGAAUAUCUUGUUAGAUGAUAAUACUUUCUCUUUGUUGUGGGCAUUCUAUAUAAAUGCAAAAAUUAUAUUUGUAAGUCACUAAGGAUGUCAUGAAGAUAGUAGAGAUGGUAUGUCACACACAGUGUUAAACUGUAGGGAUGAAUCAUCUAGUACUGUAAAUGUGUUCUUCCAAAUAUAAUACUCCAUGUUACUUGUCAAAUAAUGCAGUUAGUAGGUUAUUGUUUGUAAUGUCUUAUACUAAAAUGUAGCCAUCACAUAAUACCAAGCACCAUAAAAAAAUAAAAGGAUUUCAUGUGGAGGCAGAAUACUGAUGCUGGAAAUUUGUACAUGUACUUUUCUUUCAUAAAAAGGUAGGGGUGGUGCUAAAACACUGUUGUUUAAAGUGUUGGGGAUACGGAAGACAUUUGUGUAACUUGUGGAGGAAGCUUGUGAGACUUUAUCACAGCAUAGAAGAAAGUGUGUGAAGAAUGAAGAAUUUCAUGUGGAGUAUUGGUUACAAAACAUGUGGUGUACAAAGGUACCAGGCAAACUAAAUAUUUUCUUAAAUUCAGUUUACCAUUAUACUCUUAAAAGACAAGACUGACUUUACAAAAUGUGUAUUAUAGUCCGUAUGGAAUUGUGUUUAAACUCUGCAGCUUGAAUUCAAACUAGUGACAGCCCUGUUUUACUUUGUAUCAUUCCUCUCUGCUACCUGCAUUUUAUUGGAGCAACAUUGGUCAGUUGUCUGUUUAGUCAGUUUUUGCUUGUGAUGUAAUUUUCUGUGAGAAACAGGCAUCUUAGGCAUAUAUUAGUAGUUCAUUGUUGUAAUUAACAAAGCUCAUUUUUGAAACCAAAGAAAACUAAAGCAAAAACAAUGGCAUACUCUAGUUUGCAACCUUUCGACACACUCCAUAUUUGCAGGAAAAAAUCCAUUGAGAAUCUAGUUCCAUUGUUGCUGCUGUAAAUAAUCCUAAAAUAUUACCUAUUUGAAGGUUUUUGUAAUAUCAGGAAAUUGGUUUCAUAUUACAAUAGGUUAUGAACAGUUUUAUAUUUAACGAUUAAAAUGGUUUUUAAGAUGUGAAAUGGCUUUACCCAAGCUAUUGAAAAUAUUGACUAUUUCGUUGCUCUCCAUUAUCUUUUUGGGAAAAUUGUAUAGGCAAAGCAACAGUGCCAAUUGUAGUCUAAAGUGGUUUGCAGAUUUUCAAUUUUUAGAAAAUAUUUUUCCUUCGUGUGAUUUUUACACUCUUUUUGUAAUCAUUUACCCUCCCCCCUUCCCCAGAGGAUGUGUUAUCCUCCAGUGCAGCAGAAGGGUUCAACAGAUAUUUUGAAGCUUGCCCAAGUGUAUGUUUCAUUGCAUUGACAACGUAAGAUAGACGAGGUAUGUGGCUUUCUGCGCUAUGCUCCACUGUCGUGCCCUGUGGUGACUUAAGGAAGUCUGCACAUCCCUCAUAUGUGAAAUGAAUUUCUUGUUUGUAACAGACAGAUUGUAAUUCGGUUUACUAUCUGUUACCAAAUGAUAUCACAUAGUGUAGAAUGUAUCAUACAUUUAUUUUUAUUUGCAGUGUACAUGUUAUGAAAAUGGAGACUGCUCCUCGCCAUGCAGUGGAGGUGUUGAGUCACAGACAGGCAUGACAAAGAUACUGCAAAACAAGAAAUCUUUUGGCCCAAAGGCCUGUUUCUAGCUUUGUCGUCUUGAGCCUGUCUGCGACUCGACAUCUCCACUAUAUGGCGAGUAGCAGUGUAUCCUUUCCAUAAAAUUGUCAUUAUUCCAUCCUCCAUUUUCCAUUGUUUAAGUGCAGUGCUCAAAUUUUUGCCACUAGCCACAUCUGCUCCACCAUGAUUUUUCAUACUAUGUGAUUUAUUGUACUGAGACAUCCAUUAAGAUCUUCAUUGCCCUUUCCUUUUUCUGCUUCGUUCAGUUCAGAACUGUGUCCAAAAUUUUUCCCUGGUCAUUCUGAACAACCAGUAAUAUCACAGCUAUCUUUAAAGAUGUCAUUCAGUCAAAUUUCCUCCUCCUCCUCCUCCUGGUACUUUGGAAAUUUGGCUUAUAGUCUACUGUUAUAAAGUUGCUCUGCCAUUUUCCACUCUCGGCUUUUAGCUCUACCUCUGGCAGCUAUAAAUAGUGCUUCCACAUCUUAAGUUCUUGAAACGGGUUAUUUGUGCCGUAUAGUGGUUAUAGCAUUUAGGCUGUAUAUAACAUACACUCCAAGCUUUUACUUCCAUUAUUUACAUUACCAAAAAUUAGAAUUUUUGACAUUAGUUAAGUAUUUUAGUACUGAAGCAUAUAAACUAAGAUAAGCAGAGCAAUCAUAACUUUUGUAAUUUUUUUUCCCCUAGACCAUCACAGACUUACAGUGCUGUGUUGCGUGCAGGCCCUACUUCCAGGUUUCUAUGUUUAUAAUGUAAUCAGUUUCUGAUAUUUCAGUAAUGUAUUUUUGAUGUUUUCAAAUCAGUGUAAUAAUAGAUUAAUUACAUUUUAAAUUCCUCUAAAGAUAUAAAAAAUAUGUGUUGCAUUUUUCUCUGAAAUGUUGAGAAGUGCCAAAUGAGAACCAUUUUUACUUAAUUUUGUAGAGACUAUUGGAAAUCAUAUUUGGUGGAGGGAAGAUUAAGUAUACCAAUACUAGCUAUUUAUUGAACUGUGUUAAGUGGCAGAAAUAAUAUCCAUUUGCCUUUAUAUGCUCAUUACUCUGUUUAUGGAGCAACCUCAUUAAAUUAUAAGCAAAGGGGAAAAUUUUGAAUAAAUUGACAUUAUGUACUUAAGAUAGGUGUAUGUUCCAGAAAGGUAGCAUUAAUGUACUACAAAAUCAUUUUCAGUAAGGCUAACUUUCUGUGUGUAAAUAUUUUGAUUCAUAUGGUGGUUAUUAGUUGCAUAACAGUUUGAAUAAACAUUUAAUCCUUUAUUUGAAUGAAAUGAGCCACAAGGGUUACUUUUUUUUAACAUUGUGAAAUUCUUGUGGAAAUCACAUUUGUAAUAAAAUCAAUCCAUUAGUUAUUAAUCUCUUACCUGUGUUACCAGGAGAGGUUUGCAACAUGUUAUCAGUGAAAUUAUGAUUAACAAAAAAAUAAAUAUUGUGAAAAUAAGAAAUAGCUUUCCAGGGAUAUUAAUGAGAAAGAACUUUGUGAAAAUGUUAAAUUGGAGACUGCUCGUUUAACAAGUAGGAGAGAGAUUCGAUAUUUAAUUUCUGUUGAUGUUAUCUUGGCAAUGUUUAGUGUUUUUGAAAAUAUUUAAAGUAAGUACUAUGAGAAAUAUAGGUUCUCUCACUUUAACCGGUAAUGUGAAAUGUGGAAUGUGCAAGUUACUUAAAACUGAUUUGUCUUGAUAUAGAAUUAGACUGGCAGACAUUCAAGAUUUUUGUUGAAAUGUAUGAUGUAGGGGUUUUUAAGUGUCCCUGACACAGCAUGUAUCAUCAGAUCUGGAUCCACCCUUUCUGACACGUAUUCUAAGCAAAAUGUCUUUACCAUGUAGACUUUCCUUGCAUGACUAAGUAUUAAUGUAAGUGUGUCUUCCCCUUUCACUACAGUCUUUCUUAAUUGCUUCACUGUAAAACCACCUAUUUCACAUAAAAAUACCAACCAUUUGUAUGAUUACUUGUUAAUUAUUUUUAAUUGAGUUAGUUCACCAGAUGCUUUGAAAGUAUACUCUUACAUAGCUUGGUAAGUAUUCCAGUGAUUCAUCUAUCAAUUAGAAUAUUAAAUUUUUCUGCAUUUGUGUUGUGCCACAACCACUUUCCCAAAGUAACAGCAUUUUAGGGAGUAUGCUGAACUGACUAUCGCCCUUUGUAGCUUUCCAAAGUUAAACUUAAUUUCUAUAGAAGUUGUUAAUUCCAUGGAAAUCUCCAAAUUAUGUUGCUUAGAAUCACUCUAUAAGCAAUAAACCUUGCAGCCUUUGAGGUAAAAUAAAUCUGCACUUAGGAAUUUCAGUUUUUAUCAGUAAUUAUAGUGUUAGGAGGGAGGGUGGGGGGGGGGGGGGGGGGUUGGAAUGGAAACUUUACUUGUUUGUGCAACUCCUCUAUGUUGUAAUUUGUUAAUGAAAAUAAUGUGCUGUGUCUGAAAUACUAGCCCUUUUAAAGUAUGUAAGGUAUAUAAUUUGAAGCAUUUAAUUUAAACAAAACCUUAAAAUGAUAUACACACUCAUUUACAAAGGGCAGUGAAGGGACAAUAUACUGAAAGCUUACACAAUUCAAAAUUAUAAUAUGAUUAUUUGAAAUAUACAGCAGGUUCAAUACAGUUAUAUACAUCAGGACUUUAGCUCUCACCAUUUCAAGUCCACUAACAAUGCAUAAAUAUGAACAUUAUUCUACUAAAAAUUCACCUGGUACAUUAGAUGAAAUGGGCUGUGUAUACGUUUUUUAGUGUGAUGCUUUUGCUUCAUGAAGUUAAUCUGAGACAUUCACAUGUUUUCUGUUAAACUAUUGGCAUGGCAGCUUAUAUAUACCAACACAAAAGUUAAAUAAAUUUGCUUAUGGCAUCCUAAAGAUAAUAAUGUAUAAUUUCAAAGUAGUCAAAAAAUCAUGUUAUUCUUGCAUUUUUCAUUUAGUGCCUCUUUCUUGUGACGAAGUAUCAGAAGAUUUAAAAACAAAAAAAUUGUAAAUUACUGGAGAUAUAGCCUCCUUUGAUGUCUUUUGCUCUCAAUAUUUUUUGCUCUUUAAGAGCCAUAUGUGCAUCUGUUACAUGCCCCUUUUUAAUGAAAAACAGGCAUGUAAUUAGUUACUGGUAGUAAAGGAAACUGCACUUCUUAUAUCACUUGCGGAUAUAAUGCUAAAGUGUAGCCUUAAUUUUAUUUUGAGUAUUCAUAUUAAUUUAGUUUUCCUUUUUCUCAAAUGUGUUUAGGCCACGUCUAACAAAAUUCACUGUUGUUAUUACCUGUUUAAGUACUUUCUGUAUUUUCCUAUUUCAUAUAAUUGUGAACUGUUGGAAUUAUUCAUAAACUGAUCAUAGAAUAAAAUGUUUCAUGACCGUAUGACAUAGCUGCUCGUAAACCUUUCAGGAUGUUAGGUCGUGGUCCAAGAAACUCUUCUGUUCCCAAUGUUUUGUUCAGGAUUGCACUGGACAUCUUCAGAAAAUGUCCAGCACAGUCCUAGACAAAAUGUUAGGAACAGAAUAGUUUCUUGGACCACGACAUAACAUCCCAACCAGCAGUUAUUCAUAAACUUUCACUGUUUACUUCUUUUUGUUCAGACGUUACUUGUAACUCAUGAAGCAAGACCUACAGGUUGUCUCUAAUUAAAUUUAUUCUGUAAAGGAGGAAGUCAUUGUUGAACUUCAUUAGGUAAUUGUUUCAGCAUGUUUAAAAUUUAGUGUUGAGUUCUGGAACUAUCCAUACACACUGCCUUUUAUGACAGGCUACCAUACAUCUUUCCCAAUUGUGUUAAAUGAGGUUGUUCACUGGCUAGUGUUCAUUGUUCUAAAAUUUGUUUGAUAAUGGGACCUGCAUUUUACUUUGUUUGUCAUGGUGGGUGUCUAUGUAAUGCACUUCCUUACCCUUGAGCUUCAACCUGCCAGCUGGUUGUAAAUCAGAACUGAUGGAUUGGAAAUGAAAUAUGUUGAUUAAGCCUUCUUGGGUUAUAAGUCAAGGCCUCGUUCAGUGGCUAUGUUACUAUACUCUCCCACAACACCAUCAAUUGCCCUAGGGUUGAAGUAAUGGUUGAAGAAAGGAUUACAGACUGGUUUAGUCUGUCUGCUUCUUUUAUCAUAAAAUAGUUUACAGGUAAUUUAAACUUACUGCCAAUGUAAUGAAGACACAGUCAAGCCUUCAGAAUACUCAGUAAUAGUUUCCAAGGUUUUAUGUCAGUGUAGUACUGGGUUGUUAAAGGAGCUUGGUUAGUGGAAUUCACUGAUUUAAGUCUUCUUGGACGUAUCAGGCAUUUUCCAAAUCCUGCUUCAGAAUCUAUCUUUUUUUUGGAUUUGACAGAAUUAAAGUUGACAGACUGAUAGCAUUUACAUUUCUGUAACUAUUUUUAAUGAUGUACCCAUACAAUUAUGGUGUUUUAAGUACAGUACUGGCAUGCAGAAGUAUGAAAGUAAACAUUUCUGUUAGUUUUCUUCAUUCUCUCUCUUUCUCCCCCUUGUGCCAAACUCGGGACGUGAAUCAUUAAUGGUAGCAGCUUUAAAUUUUGUCUCUGAAACAUGAAGUAGUUUUAUUAAGAGAGUGGAAUAUGGUCAAUAGACAGAACUACAAUGUAAGAGAAAAAAAGAAUUACUCAUUCAGUUGUGUUUUUAUUAAAUGCCUGCACUGUAGGAAAUAAUGAAUGUAUGUAGAUAACUAAUAAAUAAAAGUCAAAUGUAUAAAUACAUUAGCUGUAUACUCAUUUAUUUUCUUUUUCAAUUGAGCACAUGAACUAAUAAGAGAAACAUGUGAAGCUUAUUAGUUUAUCACUAAACUGCCUUUGUUGUUUGUUAUAUUGACAGUAUAUUCAAGGACAAACUAAAGAAGAACUGGGAAUAAAUUUGUCUUUAUACUUUCUUCCUAGACCUGAAUUUAGGUCAUUGCUGACCUAUCCUGUAAAGCAAAUAAAAUUUCAUGGUAGAAUCUUAAGCAUUUUCUUGUAUAUUUUCCUGUAUAUAUAUGUAGAUUCCAAUAUAAUCUAUUUCUCUAGUCACACUGUUUUCACAUGAUGUCAUUUGUACUGACAGAUGAGAACAUACAAGAAAAAUGUCAAUAAAUGAGAGUGUUAUUAAGCCCAACUCACUUGGAGCUACUUGUUUCAGAUUGUUGCCUUAUAUUAAGUUUUAUAUAUAUUGGAUAUUUAAAAAAAAUAUGUACUGAUAUAAAAUCUUAGUCAACAUGUAGAGUGUGUAUCAAGAGAAACUCAAAUCUAAUUGUUACUGUUCAUGUUAACUAAAUGUUUUCAUAUGAAGUAAUUGCUGUCACUACUUUUGUUUUUCUUUAUUUGGUGCUGUAGGAAGAAAUGCUCUGCUUUUAUAAUACUAUUUAAACUUAACAACUGUGUACCCUAGCAGAUUAAAUGUUACUGUAUUUUUAAUUUUAUGGUACAGCUUUCUGCCAUAUAAUAAGCCAGUACAUUUCUUUCUAAAGACAGAGAGAUAUUAAAACAUAACAGGAACACAGUGGGAAGACACUCAUGUUACGCAACCAACAAUGAAGGGGGACAAGUCUCAAACCAUGUUAAGGACCAAGUGAUGAGCAUUAUAUAUGAACAAAUGAUAAAUAUUUACUGCAAAUUUAUCUUUCAUUUUCUGCCAAUGAAUUGUACAGUAACUUAGCUGUUGGAAUCAGCUUAGCAAGCCUGUCCACAGCUCAUCAUGCCAUCUUGCAGGUGAACAGUAGUCUGUUCUUCAAUUAUUAAUGGAAAUAUUGCUAAUUCAACACAAACAAGCAACAAGAAAGGAAUGAAGACUUAAAAGCAUGUAAUAAAAAAAAUAUUUUCAGAUUCAAAAUCUGCUUUCUUGUAUUGUAUUCCACAUACUUUUAGAAUGUGGUGAGUGGUAAUCUCUAAUACCAGAUGGAAUCAUUUUCUCAUGUUUGAAACCAAAGUGAAAAGCGUCACCUUGAUGUAUUUCUUACAGAAUAUGCCUCAAAUUAGAACAUAACUAAUUCGUUCUACGUAAGGUGUUCUAUGUGAACCAAUAAUUUUCAGUGGUCAAGUGUUUUGUAGGGGCAUGUAAUUAUAACUAGUACUGUAUCCAGUUUCAUAGGCAUGACAUUUUUGUGAAUUCCCAUGAAAAUAAUCUGUAGUAAAGAGGUCACCCAUAAUAUUCACUUAAUAUUUUGGUACAGCAUCAUUACCAUCUCAGUAUUUCAUCAUCAUCAUCAGUAACAUAUCUUCAUUAUUUUCCUCACUAACAAAACAAGUGUCAAUGGUACUGAUCUACUAAUGUGUGUUCUGUGUUAUUAUUAUUAUUAUUAUUAUUGUAGUGCUAACAGUUUUAACACAAAAGCUGGAAGUGCAUUUUGGCCAUUGUGUAGAUAAUUUGUGAUGAAAUAAGUAAUAGAUUCAGACAGUGAACUCUGCAGCACAGACCUAACUUAUGAUGACUGGAUGCUUUUAGAAUGGAUUCUAUUGUUAGCAGGACAUUGUAUUUCAGUGUGCUGUCAGUUCUGUUAUGUUCUUAUUGGAGAACACGUAAUAUUUUAUUAGUUAGUGUAAACAGUUUUUGUGUACCUAAAUACUGGUUUUAAAAUUUUAAUACUUCUCAAACAUGUAGUGAGGAAUAGUUAUACCAGAGAUUGGACUGCAUGACACAAUCAAUCCCAUGUUCAAAAUGGUUGUCGUGUAGCAUUAUUGUAACAUUGACAUGUGUAAAUUUUUAUAGAACCAUGUUGUUUCAGUUACAUAUAUAUGUAUGUAUGUCUCCUUAGUAUCUGUGAUAACAUUGUUACAAUAAAAGUUGCUGAAAAAAGUGCAAAGUGUAAAAAUGUUCUUAAACAAUUUGUAUUAGUUAGAAUCUCUUGACAGCUUUCGUAUUUGGAUUUGCUGGUGUGUACCAAUUCAGUUCAUUAGUGACUGGAACUUAACACUGACAUUGGGAAAACUUUUAUUUGGUGUGGAAUUGUUUUACUUAUUAAUAAAGAAGUUUCCAGAGGCACUCUAA